AUGACUACCUCAGGCAAUGGCUGCCAAGGUAGGAAUCAUAUCUCCAUCACCUCCUGGAUCGAGAAGCUCCACCAGAAGAUAGGAGAUGCAUCAUCUGCAAUCAGGAUGGGGUCUAUAAAUGUCAAGAUUGUCUUGGGGAGCCACUCUAUUGCACAGGCUGUUGCCUGGAGUCAAUAUCAUUGCAAUCCUUUCCACUGGAUCAGUCAAUGGAAUGGUCAAUUCUUCGAGAAAAGUUGUCUGGCUCAUGUUGGACUCAUCAUAUACCUUGGUCAUGAUGGCAAGCAAUGUCCGGUAGUCAUGGAUAGGUGGGAUUUGUUUGACGAAGAUGAACAAGAAGACCACUUUGAACCUGAAGAUCUACCUUCUGUGUCGGGACCCAAGUUCCAGCCCAAGGAAAAUACAAUGGUCAUUGUUGACAAGUCAGGAGUCCAUCACCUCCAGCACCUCAGCAAUGAACUAUUACAGCAAGCUUCAGCAAAUGACCUCAAGCGUGUUUCCACACCUUGUUCUGGUAAUCCCAUAUCUACAUCAUCUGAAGCACAUUAUAUUGACAAAGCACUUUGCAAGGACCGAUACAGAGAGCUUAUGAGAGUCGCUCGACAGUGGAGGCAGUUAAAGUCUAUGAAAUGGCAUGGCUUUGGCCAUCGUUCUGACAACCCGAAUGCCAGAGAUCUUGCAUUAUUUUGCCUGGCAUGUCCUCAGCCUGGGAUUAACAUAUCCUUGUCAGGGGAUGAAUCACUUGAUGACUGGUCAUUUGUGAUGGAUGGAAAUUUCAAAGCCGAACACCUGCAUCCCAUCAAGCUAUAUGAUGAAGUUUGGCUCUCCGAUGGGUUGGGAUUUAUGGUGAGAAAGGAAAGACAAAUGAACAUGGACUACGCACUUUGUGAGGCUGCCCAGCACAACAUGGAUGGGAUUACAAGGGCUGUCACCUUCUAUGACAUCAACUGUCAAUACAACAAGCACUUGCAUGUUCGGGUGGAUCAAAACCAAUUUCUGACAAUGGUUCCAGAAUUGACCGUCAUUCCCAGAAUCGGGCUGUGGCAUAUCCAUGGACAUCAGGAUAGCUGGUAUGUCAGAUAUGUAUCAAAUUUCAUUGAAGGCAUUGGUUGCAUUGAUGGAGAGAUAAUGGAGACCCUAUGGGCAUGUCUCAACCUGAUUUCUCCUGCUGCUCAGGGAAUGUCUUCCCUGCAUUGGAAGGAAUGUCUUGCUUUCCAGAUGAACGAUUCCAACUUUUGCAAGAUGAUCUGCAUGAAGAGGACCCUUUGCCAGAAAUACAAGCAGGCGAAGAAUGGCAUUGCCAAAAGUGGAAAGGCUUUUGACAGACUCGACAAAGCCGCACCAGCCAACUUAAAGACAGACUGGUUAGCAAGUGAGAGGAUCGCUCAGUCCAACAGAAUCCAAGAUCCAGCUGUGAUGGAUAUAUAUGAGAUUAAUAUUGAGAAGGGUAAGAUCACUCUGUCUCGAUCGAAGUCUGAAUUCAUUUUGAACCCAGCACUGAGCAAAAAGGAGAUAGAGCUUAGACUGCUGCAGGAGGGUAAUGCCCAUCAUGCAGCACCUUCUCGCAGAUCUGUGGCAACAUGGAUAUCAAUGGGCCUGGCAAUUGAAGAGGCUCAAAUUGCAUUGCUCAUUGAGGUCCAAAGAAUAGGAAAAAGAACUACCAAGACUCAGAGAUUAGACAUUUCCCAGCAAUGCAAUCGUCUACAAGGCCACAUAGAUGCAUUCACUCAGACUGCUCUGAUGCAUCUGGGAGAGGGAUAUGAUGCAGAAAAUGAUCCUGAUGAUUUGAAUAUAGACAUUCUCGAUGAUCUUGAUGAUGACCUGGAGGAUUUCAUCGGGACAUCUGAUACAUGGACAAACUCCCCCGAGCUCACUGUCAUCCCAUUGCCAUCAAACCUCGGGGUGACGUCAGUGCACCAGGCGGUGUCCCUCCAUGCCAGCAUAUAUACCAAGACCAGGAAGCAAAUGAUAAAACUUGAGCCGGGCCAAGACCAGCUACAAAAAUAUAAACCCCUGCUUCAGGAGCAGCUCAAGAAUGAGAAAUUUUACCACGUUCAUUGGCUUUGGGCAAAGGCACUACGGGAUCAAUGGAAGGAAGAACUGAUAUUGGUGGAAUUGGAGAUGGAUUGGACAUGUAAUUUCUUCUUGUGGAAAUCAACGCAAUGGGGCGACCAGAUGAGGGAAUCAUUGGUGAAACGCCUUCUGGGUCAUGCUUGCUACUCCGGAAGGCAAUCCCAAAUGUAUUCAUCACUGGCACAGGAUGCUCAGGCAGCGUUUCAAGACCUGCAGAGCAUGUUAAUAGAUGCCCAAGAUGAAUGA